CAUGUUCGUUCAUAUGCUUUAAUUAUAAUAAUAUUAUAACGUGACAGAUCCAUCCGAACGGAAGCAUAAACUACAAAGUGGCUUUGUCAGAGUCGCCUUGGCGCACCCAGUUGUGUUCCAUAACUUCUUCAUCAGAAGCUCUCAGUGGUCUGAUGGUUAAUUCCUCCAUGUGAGCCUUAAUCUCUUGCGCUGCUCGUCCCUAAUUGCUAUCGUGUAUGCCGCCAUUUCUCUGCGCACCGUAGCCGGUGAAAUUGGAGUUAUGACGUCAUUUCCCGGGAGGAUGGCUGCUGUUGCCGGCGGUGCUGCCUCGUCAAGCGGUCAUGUCCGGCUCCUGCAGUCGAUGAGGCUUGCUGGUGGUUGUGACGUUCGGUUUAGUUAUGCAGUUCAGCGUUCUGGAAUCGUGUUGCGAUCUUCACGGAGGCGUUCGAGAAUUUGGAUGGUGGAGGCGUCGGGGCCAGCUGGCGGGUGGGAGAGAUCUGAUGACUUCAGGGAGCGUGAAAAGGCGAGACCCUGCGGGUACGCGAUUGGAGAUGUUGCGGCGGACGGCGGGGGUGACGGUGAUGGGAUUGUAGCGGUGGUAAACGACCGGAGAAGGGUGAAUCGAACUGCUCAGGUGGUGUUCGCCGCCGUGAUGACGGUGGUGAUGGGAGUCGGAAACAGGGUGCUGUAUAAGCUCGCUUUGGUACCCCUCAAACACUAUCCGUUCUUCCUUGCUCAGCUUGCCACGGUCGGAUACCUAGUUGUGUACUUCUCUAUUUUGUAUUUUCGGUACCGUGCGGGCAUUGUUACUGAUGAAAUGUUGUCUACGCCAAAAGCACCAUUUAUUGCUGUUGGUCUCUUGGAGGCUCUAGGUGCUGCCGCAGGAAUGGCAGCAGGAACAAUUCUCUCUGGAGCUUCAAUUCCAAUUUUAUCUCAGAGCUUUCUUGUAUGGCAAAUUCUUCUGUCUAAAAUUUUUCUCGGAAGAAGAUAUAGAGUCAACCAACUACUUGGAUGCUUUCUUGUAGCUGUUGGUGUAAUCAUUUCUGUGGCAAGUGGCUCGGGUGCUGGAAAUUCAUUGAAGGAAGGUGGUAUAUUCUGGAGUGCUUUGAUGAUACUUUCAUUUCUAUUCCAAGCGGCAGAUACUGUCCUGAAGGAAGUUAUCUUUCGGGAUGCGGCCCAGAAACUGAAGGGACGUUCCUUGGAUCUGUUUGUUGUCAGUUCUUUUGGAUCAGUGUUCCAAACACUGUUUUUAUGCCUUCUCCUGCCCUUCUUAUCAAAAUUAUGGGGUGUUCCCUUCAAUCAACUACCAAACUACCUUAGAGAUGGGGCAGCCUGCUUUCUGAAUGUUGGUACAUUAACGGAAGGAUGUGAUGGUGCCCCAUUGCUUCCCUUGCUGUUCAUUAUUGCUAACAUUGGUUUCAAUAUCUCAUUGCUUCAUCUUCUCAAGAUCUCUUCGGCUGUGGUAUCUUGUCUUGCCGCCACCCUUUGCGUUCCGAUAUCUAUCUACAUCUUCACUCUGCCAUUGCCAUACGUUGGCGUUGCCUCCUCUCUCCCAGCAGGCUUCAUUGCAGGUGCUGUCAUUCUGGUCCUGGGCUUGCUGAUUUAUGCUUGGAUCCCUCCCAAUGGUUCCUCUUCUCCCACCGAAUCAGAUUCCACCUAGAGCUAAGCAUGGUACAAGAAUCAAAUUGAUUCAGCUCUGCUUUUCUGUAGUGGUCAUUUGAGGCGGAAAAGGGAAAAUAGUUAUUCUUAUAGUUUUUAGUUCAUUAUAUUUCUGUUUGCAUGUUCUGUGAAGGGAAAUAAAUAUGGGAUUAUUGCCCCAAAAAGGAAAAAAGGGGAUUGAAGCCCUGUUAGGUUUCACCUAAAAUGGUUUCGGGGAUUUUUUUUUUUUUUCCCUUGGAAAAGGCUGGCCCAUGCAGAGAGAGAGAAGGCUUUGUUUAAUCUAACUUCACUGAAAAUCAAAAUGAGGUGGAACAUGGUUAGAGAAAGUCCUAGAUCAGUUUUGUGUGAAUCAGCAAAAGGGAUUAGGAUUCUCUUAACUUGCUCAGUAAAUUGAUAGAGUUGAUUCACAGUAAAGAGGGUGUUGGUUGAGAUGCUGAGAUCUGAUUCUUUGGCUUUCAUACUUUAUCUGCGCUUAAUAUUUUUGUCAUAGGGUUCUCUGUAUAAGAUGAUCUAAUGUUUUGUUCCCAGAAGAAGAAAGGGAAAUUGUGGUAGUGAUGGCCAAUUUUUUGCGCCGGCACAAUUAAUUUUUUAGUAGUUUACAAUAUAAUUAUUCUUGUAGUAGAUUAAAAA